AUGUCCCGACACGAUAGUAUCCCAGAUGACAGAAGAAAAAAAUUGCACGAACUCGUCGAUUUACGCGAAGAGCUUCGCGAUUUGCAAACGAAUUUACAAGCCGAAGAAUCGAGAUUUGCGGAAUCUGUUAAGAAACGAUCUGUCAUUAUGAACACAUCCGAUAAAGGGACGGCGACUGACAAUGAGGACGAGUUUCUCGAGAAUCUUCGAAUAACCGAACAAGAUAUUCACACUCAUCGAACUAAAAUUCUCGACAUUCAAUCACAAAUAAUCGACAAGAAAGAAAUGAUAUUGUCUCUUGAACUACUCGUGAAGCUCGACGAACAACAAAGACCAUCGACAUCGAAUGGCAUCAGUCAUUAA